AUGUCGGGUGAAAAUUCUCCGCCUUCUAACAAUGGUCGCUCUUCCUUCGCAUCUGGGAGAAGACUGUCGGAUCUUUUCGGGCGCUCCCCACCCAAUAAUUCGAAUGGGCAAUCCAAUUACUCUGGUCCGAUUGCAACCGCUGCGGCCAACGCCUCCGCUCAGCAACGCCGAAGAACCUCAAUGGCUGGCGGGGGGCCUGCUGGUUCGCCCACAUCGACUUCCUCUUUCCCCCAGAUGAGAAACCGCAACGGCAGCAUGGCUAGCAGUAACUCGCCGAACUCCUCAAUUGAGGAGAGUGCUAUCGAAGAAGGUGACGCUCCAGUGCCUCAAUCACCCUCAUCUCCAUUCGCACGACGUUUGAGUUUUGGCGCAAAGGCAUUGCACGAUAUCAAGAAUGGAAAUAACAGUUCAAAUGAAGGCUACAACUGGUCCGAGCAAAUCAGGAAUCGAGCAGAGAGAUCAGCCUCGCUCACUCAGCGCCAGCAGCCGCCUCCAACAAGCGUUCCCGAACAAGGACCGCAUAAAGCUGCAAGUAUGGCCAUUCCUGAACAGGCUGUCAAAGAAUUUCCCAAAGCUCCUAAGAAGCCUGAUCAUUUUCAAGAGCGUAUCCUGAAAGGCGACUUCUAUAUGGACUGA